GCAAAUCAAUUUUUGUGGAAUGCAUCCAAUGAGAAGGCAUAUCUAUUUAUUGUUGUGAACAAAUUUGACGAGAUUAAAAACAAAGAAAAAUGUAGACGCAUGAUCCUGGAACAAAUUAAACAAAUCUCACCACGCACCUUUGAAUAUCAUGAUGAUCUUGUGCACUUUGUCAGUGCUAAUGCUAUAAAUGUGGACGGGAAUCCACCACACACAAAUCGUAUCCCUGAAGUUGAUCAUCUUGAAGAGAGUUUGCGUACUUUUGUUCUAAAGAAACGAUCCAAGUCUAAAUUGGCACCAGCAAGGCAUUAUUUACAUAAUCUCCUAUAUGACAUUGGGGUGCUCGCUGAAUUUAAUCGCGAACUUGCUGCUAUAGAAUAUGAUCAACUUACACGUGAAUUGGAAGAGGGUGAACCUGCUUUCCGAAAAUUGCAACGGGAUGGCAGCCGUGUCGUGGAGGAAGCAGAACGACUCUGUGAAUCUACAUGCCAGUCAAUCCGUAAAACAAUUAAAGAUCAACUUUCUAGCGUGAUUGAUGAUAUACACAAAGUAGAUGAAAAUUGUGAAUAUCAUGGUCUUUUGUAUAUGUGGAAUUAUGCAAUGGAACUUCGUGACGGCAUGUUACAAAAAAUUCAAAAUGAACUUAGUAAAUGUGAAUUAAUCGCAAAACAAGAAGUAUCUACUUGUAUCGAAAAGAUUCAAGAAAUGCCCGUACAAAACCUUGUCAUCGACCCGAUCGAUGCUAAGCUUGAUAAAUAUUUCACCAAUCGAAAUAACAACCCGAUUCAAAUUCAUAUUGACCCAAGCGAUUUCUUCGACUUGAAUCUAGGUCUUGACUUAAACCAUCGAAUGAAUGAACACGUUGGAAUGCUUGGCAUCUCUAGCGGUGCUCUUGUCAUGUUUGGGGGCAAAUUCUUAGGAUACAAUGUCAUGUCCAAUUUAUUUAAAAUCUCCAAUGUCGUUGGUUUCAAUAAUAUGCGCAAAUUAGCUCUUCCUCUUAUUGGCUUAGCUGGUUUCGGUUUCCUCGUUUAUAUCGUGAGCGAUGCACGUCACGCUAUCUCACGCAAUGUUGCUCGUAAGGUUCGUAGUCAGCUUACGCAAUCCAAUUAUGCUGAAUGUCAGGCACACCGUAUUUCCUAUCACGGACGCAAAGCCACUCGUCGUUUAAUCAAUCAUUUACGAGAUUGCUUCCGACGAGCUAUUGAUGCCGAAGAGCAAAAAAGAAAAGAACAGCGUGAAAAAGCGAAGGUUUCUGAUGAAGCCAAAUUUUACUUUAGUGGGGUGUUUUCAAAAGCCGAAGAGAUGUCUAAAGUUUUGGAGGUAUUGGAUAUUGACGUCGUGGAAGAUGAAAUAUUGGCG